AUGUCUGGAGUUGUUAUAAAGAAGCCCAACCUGAAGCGCUUGCUGGCGGGGCAGAGAGAAGAACUUGCGUCAUUCCAGCCACCUGUGCAUCCGAUUCCUGAAUACCUUGGAUCGCCACUUCCAUAUUUAUCCAACCCAUAUCAUAUUCGCGGCACUCUUAUGGCGGUUGAACAGGAACCGGAGCCCAAUCAUGAAGCCGAUGGUGGGAAGCAACUGAUGGCAGACAUUAUGAAUGAAAGGGCGCGUAUCUGCCUUGAGGUGGAGAAGACACUUGCGCUGACAUGCAGGGUUCUUGAUAAAGCAGCACAGAAUGAUGGUGAACUCACUGAAUUGGCACGUGAGUCGCUUGCUAGGCUUACGGUUAUGGGCGAGGACCUCUCCAACCGAAUGAUUACCUCCAGAGAGUAG